AUAGAUCAUUACGAAAAUACCAAUCAAAACAACAGACGAUCAUUGAGGUAAGGAUUUUUUUUCUUUUCGGCUUUUUUUGUUGUUUACGCAACGCCACGAGUUAAACGAUGAAAGUUCUCAUCAUUUGCCCCCAAGCAAACGAUAGAUGGGAAACCCUUUUCACUGCUUAUUUUUCACUCACCAACAAACCAUUCUUCAUUGUUAUUCUUCACAUGUGCAAAUAAACAACUCACAGCGACGCGCAAUACUGAGUCCCGCUGUCUAGGUCAUGGAAAACCCGUAAGAUGAAAACAUGCUGGAACUGAUCAUAUUGCUCUUUGACGGGUUCCAUACGGUUAUGAUCGUAAAGGAAGGGAAGGUUUUGUUGUACUGACACGAAGAUCGAUACGAACGUUCAUUCAGUCUUGAACGAAUCUUCUCCCUGGCUAGUGUUGUGUGGUGGAUAUUCAUCUAAAAAUUUUAAAUAAUUACCUGUGCAACAGUAUUUAAAAUGUGUUCCGGUGCCACAUUCAAAGCGUUGGGCUAUUUUUACGCUGGCUGCAAUUUGUUCAUGUCAAUCAGUGCCAUUAUGAACGCGAAUCGUGUUAGUCAAAUUAUCGGAUAUGAUAAUUGUACCGGUGGCAACGACACAUCGAAUGAAGAUGACAGCAACAUCCCGUAUCAAACGUGUAAUCAAUUCACAUAUGGCUUUUUAGUGGCCGCUAGUGGGUUGGAUUGUUUCAUGUCAUUCGUUUUAAUGGUGGCAAUUUUUACGCGGAAGUGUCUUCUCCUGAAGCUGUACACACUACACCUGUGGUGCCAUAUGUCAUUUUGUUUCUACUGCUGGUUGGCCAUCCUGCUCGCGUUCCGUGGUGCGGUCACCUCCAGCACCCUGCUCUCCGUGUGGGGUGUCGUGUUAAUACUAGCCAGCGUUUACUUCGCGAUGGAGGUCUGGAUAACGAGGGGAGCCUACGAAGCCAUUCGGCAGGAACAUGCUAAGCAGAUACAGGCAGCGCAAAGUAGCACCGGUAGCGUGCUGCUGAGUAUGGGUGGAUUUAUCUUCUGAGAAGUGUAUCAGCUUCAAUCCUUCGUCAGUACCAGGCAAAGUGGUCGAGUACAUGAGUGAAGCUAGGCAGGAACGUACACGCGUGAUGAUAUACGACAAAGAUGGUAACACCGUACACAUCCGCUUUGAGGUUGACUUAUCCGUUCUUAUGUACACGCGUAUAUGUACCGGUUCUAGGUGCGGUGCAAUGGAUGAGUCAAUAAAUUGAAUUGGUCCUGAAGUGGUAAAGCGCGUAUGCAGUGAAGCGUUCUUAAUGAGAAACGGAUUGAAACGCAAGAUAAUAAAGUAUGAAUCUCUUGUUUAUGCGUUUUUGCAGGUUAGUAAAACAGGAAUGCUGGUAGGCCGAAAGAUUAAUUUACAGAAACCGAUAGUAAUCCGCGUAAACAAUGGUAUUUUGGCAUAUUACAGUACAACAAUAUUGUAGAAUAUUUAUGUUUUUCUAUAUGUUAAAAACAAACAGUUUUGGUGUCGCUGAAUAAACAAGAAUUUUGUUUAAAUUGUUUUCAAUAAAACUGACAGAAUUUAAAAUAAUGUUUAUAAUAUUAAAUUAGUUUCAUAUAAUAUUCUAUAUCCUACAUUUCAUAUUUAAUUUUCUUUAGUUUAUGAAAGAAAUUUCCGGAGAAAAAAAUCAAUGGAGACGCCUGGUGUUCUAUAGAGACGCCUAGAGUUCAAUGGAGACGCCUGGUGUUUUAUGGAAAACACUGUUCGGAAAGUACACAAAACCCCAUCCCUAGUGCAAUCAAAAGCUAUUUCGGGGCUUAAAUUCCCCCAUUAUCAUUCCAACCACAUCGUUAGUGUAAAAACAUUUCUAUCGUCCAGCUGACUUACAAGAGUUGACAAUAAGUCAAUGAAGAAAGGAAACGAAAACAAGUUUGACAACGUUUCGUUAUACGAAUUCGGCAGCGCGAUGUUAUCCAUUACGACAGAUAGCUACUUUCCAUACACGUUCAUUUGUAUUCAUAUCCUUUACGGCUUUGUUAGGCCGUUUGCCGAAACCUCAACACGGGCACAGCAACAUCUCCUUCCAUACAUGUUCAUUUCGACAGAUCGUACUUGCUGAUGGUAACCUGAACGAAAUGAAAGUCAUACCAUGGAGAUUACAGUACCUAGGCACGAUUCGAAGCGUUUAAAUAAAUUCAGCCGUCUGUAACUGAUUGCAAAAGUGGUACGGAAGGUGGAGGUAAAUUCGCACCAACGUUCGUUCGCCGAUGAACGGGAUCAACAUUUCAAUAGGA